UCAGAGGAGCCUUUUGGAUUUAUGCCACCUUGAGGCAAAAUAUCAGUAAAUACUUCAGGUCUUUUAAUACUUUGUGUUGCUGUUGAGAAGAUGUAAGAAAAUGUAAUUGGAUCUUGUUAUGCCUGAAUUGAUAAUUAGACUUUAUUUUGGAAUGUAUUCUUCUAUUAAAAGAAGAAAUAAUAGACUUUGCAUAAUUAUUAAUCUAUUGCAACAUUCCUCAAUUGUACAGAUUACUUUUCAGAAACACGAGCAUUAUCUUGCAGAAAAGAUGACAUUUACUGGCUUAUUUUUCUGCUGUAUGCUGAUGAGCAUGCUAACAGAUGCCCGAUCCAUCCGGGAUGGAGAUGAUCUGUACCAGGAAGCUGUAGCCCUGCCAUACUGGCCCUUCUCCUCCAACGAUUUCUGGUCCUACGUGGAAUAUUUCCGGACCUUGGGAGCCUACAACAGGAUCAAUGAAAUGGCCAGGGCUUUCUUUGCCCAGUUCCCUUUUGGGAGCCACCUUGGCUACCACGUGCCUGACCAGGAGCACUGAGUGCCUCGCUCAGCUUUGCCAGAGCCAGUGCCAAGGUGUUUGGGUGAAUACCUGUCCAACAGCGAACACACACCUAGGCUGCCCUCAGCUGCUUUGUGAUACUCGCUGCAGUCACACACAGCAUUUCAUGCUUUAAAUUAACUUCCCUUUUACAAUUUAUGGGUGCCAAGGUGUUAGAGCGAAUACCUGCCAGUGAAUGCACCUGGGCUGCUGUCAGCCACUUUGUGAUACCCCAUACACAGAAUU